UAGCCCGUCAUUGCUCUCGGGAGCUGCUGGAGCUACUAUACAGUCCCCUGUGCUUUCUAUAUAGAUUCUUGCCAACUGAGAGCUGGAAGGCACUGAGACUUCCCCACUAUGGCAUGUUUUCUGGGAGACGAUGGAGAAGUCUAUUCAUCAGGUGAUGUUGGCAUGGGGUCUGGAGGCCAGGAACAUUCAUGCCUGUCUUUUCUGAACACCCCAGGCUCCUCUGCCCCUUCCUGUGUACAGUCCUUACCACCCAAGGCUAUCCAUCUCCCAUUGGAACGUGAGGCAAUGGAUCGUCCCAGACCUGUAGUAGUCUCCGACUUGAGUCAGCAGGUGUGGCUCCUUCAGGGUCAGACCCUCGUGGUAGUUCCUCGGAGCAACAAUGUGGGGCCAGUCACUGUCACCAUUAUGCCAUGCAAGUAUCCGGAGUCUCUUGAGAAAGGCAAAGGGGUUCCUAUUUAUUUGGGAAUAAAGCAACCAGAAAUGUGUCUAUAUUGUGAGGAUAUUGGUGGAAAGCCCGCAUUGCAGUUGAAGAACCAGAAGAUAUUGGAUCUGUACAACCACGCCGAGCCUGUGAAGCCAUUCCUUUUCUACCAUGAAACGACAGGCAGGACCUCCACAUUUGAGUCUGUGGCCUUUCCUGGAUGGUUCAUUGCCUCUUCCGAGACAAACCAGCCCAUCUUUCUCACUUCUGAGCUGGGGAACAUGUACAAUACUGCCUUCCAAUUAGAUUUCAAGGAGAAGAAGCAAUGACUCUAUGGAAACCAAGGAAUAGAAUGUGGGCUCAGAAGCAAAGGAGGAACUCUUACCAUCUAACUAACUCCCUCUAAAAACUGCAGUAAAAGGUGUCUUUUGGGGGAACGGAGAGCCUAAAUUCUUCACCAGCCAUGCUUCAGAUGUUACAUUGUGAUGAAAUGAAACAACUGAUUUAGGGUAUAAUUGUAGAAAGAUGUAGCUCAGAUCUGGUUCUGCAUAUCAUAGAUUUCUUAUUCUGACUCUGAUACUACAAAUGCAGAAAAUGAUGUUUGCUUAAAUGCAGUCCACACAAUAACACCAGUAAUGAAUUUUUUUAAUGAAACUUUCAUUAAAGUAGUGGACAAUCACACCACUUACUCUACUAGGCAGGCUAGUAAGCAGUCAAUAAGCACUGACUUAACACAGUGUCUCUUGAUUCUUAAAAGUUUUCUUCUUCAAUGAAAUACUUUUUCAGCAUGCAGUUUUAUAAAAGUCAACAUUAAUGUGGACACAAAGCUAAUUAGUUCUGGAAUAUCAAUAGAAGAAUUACUCAUCGAAUAUUUAGUACUACACUCACUGCUAAUAAAUGGUGACAUGUUGUUACAUCUGCUGAUUUGCAUCAUUACAUUGUCAAUUGUUACAUGUGACGGUUGGGGUCUGAUGACACAUUCCCUUGUGACAUGAUUAUGAUUCUGAGUGCCAUGGCAUAGCCAGUCCCACCAGGGGCUGUGUGGUGAUGCAGUUUCCUCAUCUCCUUUCUCUACUGUGGAAUCUC